AUGGCGCUGGUGUUGUCACUGAAGAUUCUAGCUCUGCAGAAGGAGGACAGGAAGCUGCGUUACUGCAGGACGCAGGAGACCCGGAGGCCUCAGGGCGUGUCUCCAGUCCAAGUGUUUAACGACAUCGAAUCAUGGGAUUCUUGGCAGCUUGUUCCUGAGCCCAAGGACGUCACACACCCCACAGGCCUCCUCUUCAGCCUCCAGAGGUGCAAGAAGACGAAGAAACGCUUCUGGUGCAAUGCUCAAGACAUGUGUUUCUGUGCGAGUCCUCCGGAGUGCUGGGAUUACAGGAGCCCCGGGGAAUCCUCAGUUCCACCGAAGACAGCGGGAAGUUUUGAGAAUAACUCACCAGUCCACCUGGGCCAUCAUCGAUCUAUUAUCUUCCCCUCCACAUCCCUGCGCGCAGGCCUCCGUGAACAAUCGCAGUUCGUCAAAGCAUCGCAUGUUCCGGGCCUCUUGCCCCGGGAGAUGGCAGUCCGUCUGGUCAGGACGCCGUCUACCCUGCUUCCCCUGUUGGGUGUCACGCGCUUUGCCAGUCUCCUCCACCACGCUCUCCGGAGGUGUAAAGCUCACCAGCUCUUCCAUUUCCCGGCCGAUGAAUGUUUUUUAAAUCAGCGAAUAACGCUGAUUAACUAAAUGGCAGGCUGAGCAGCUGCCUUUGCAGUGGUGUACCCGGCCACGGCUGGGAGUGCCCCCAGGAGCCUGUGUUUUGCACUUUCCCAUAUUAUCCAUUUUUGACCCUCUUACUACACCCAUCUCGUCUACUUAUGCAAGC